CAACACCCAUCAGAACGAACACCGCUACACUAUCUUCAAAAUGGCCGACGCUACCAACAACGAUGCCCAGCAUGAGGUCUCCUUCGACAGCGCCGAUGCUGGUGCCUCCACCACUUUCCCGAUGCAGUGCUCUGCCUUGAGGAAGAACGGCCACGUCGUCAUCAAGAACCGCCCAUGCAAGAUCGUCGACAUGUCCACCUCCAAGACCGGCAAGCACGGUCACGCCAAGGUCCACUUGGUCGCCAUCGACAUCUUCACCAGCAAGAAGUACGAAGAUCUGUGCCCAUCCACCCACAACAUGGAUGUGCCCAACGUCUCCCGCCGCGAAUUCCAGUUGCUCGACAUCACCGACGAUGGCUUCCUCUCCCUCAUGAACGACAACGGAGACACCAAGGAUGAUGUCAAGGUUCCAGAUGGUGAGGUUGGCGACAAGAUCAACAAGCUGUUCAAGGAGGAGGAGAAGGACACCAACGUCAUUAUUCUCACCGCCAUGGGUGAGGAGGCUGCCAUCGAUGCCAAGGAGGCUCCCAAGGGUGCUUGAUCGCAUUGCGAUUCAAUUCCAAUAUAAGUGCCUGUGGAGAGGUCGGGAGAUUACUUAUGGAUAUACGGGAGCAAUGAGCGUGGCAUGAGUUGGUGUUUUGCAAGCGGAGGAUCCUCGUUGGGGAUAAGUCGUGUGCUUCCUAGCCAAAAGGGCUCCGGCUUUUUGUGGAAAGUAUUUAUGAGUAGACUGACGCAGAGAGCUUGCGACGUUUAAAAGUUCUCAAGUUUCCCGAUCUUGC